AUGACCAACACACGAGACAAAAAGUCGUUCGAGGUAAACGAUGCCAUCAAUUUUAGCGACAGCGACAAUGUCGACGACAAGAAAGGCACCCCGGCCGAUCGCGCCGACAUGUAUCGGCUGGGUAAAAUGCAGGAUUUGAGGAGAAACUUUCGCUUCCUCUCCAUCUUUGGGUUCUCUAUGAUCCUCAUGUGUUCAUGGGAGUUCUCUCUGAGUGUAUCAACAAUUGGUCUCGUCAAUGGCGACACAGCUGGUUUGAUCUGGAUGUUCUUCAUCUGCUGGAUUGGCUUCCUUCUCGUCAACACUUCAAUGGCCGAGAUGGCCUCAAUGGCCCCAACGACCGGAGGACAAUACCACUGGGUAUCCGAAUUCGCACCACCGAAAUACCAAAAGCUCACCAGCUACCUCAUGGGCUGGAUGUGUGUCCUUGGCUGGCAAGUAGCAUGCGCAUCAUCAGCCUUCAUCGCCGGGACCCAAAUCCAAGGCCUCAUCAUCCUCAACAACCCAACCUACAUCCCUCAUCCAUGGCACGGAACACUGCUUGCCAUAGCCGUGGCCGCCUUUACCGUUGUCUUCAAUACUCUCCUCGCUAGAAAGCUUCCCUUGAUCGAAUCGAUCGUUCUAGUCAUUCAUAUAUUUGCCUUUUUCGGCAUCCUUGUCACUCUCUGGGUUCUAUCCCCAAGAGCCAAUGCGAAAGACGUGUUUACACGGUUCAACGAUGGAGGUGAUUGGGGAAGUCUCGGGGGUUCAGCGCUUGUGGGCAUCCUUGCUGGCAUCCUACCCCUGCUCGGUGGAGAUGCUGCUGUUCACAUGUCAGAGGAGCUCCGAGAUGCUAGCAGUACACUCCCAAAAGCCAUGAUCUUGACAACUUUCGUCAAUGGUCUUUUUGGAUGGAUCAUGGUCAUCACAUAUUGUUUUUGCAUCGGCGAUUUGGGCGAAGUUAUAUCCUCGCCCACUGGUCAGCCGUUCAUGCAAGUGUUUCUCAACUCUACACAAUCCGUCGCCAGCGCCACAGCCAUGUCGACUUUCAUCAUUGCCAUGACGGUGUUUUCCAACUUGACAAUGGUUGCUACGGCAUCUCGCCAACUUUAUGCCUUCGCCAGAGACCACGCUGUUCCAUUCGACACGUGGUUCUCCCGUGUACCGACUGGAUACGAUGUCCCCCUCAACGCAAUCAUUGUAACAUUCAUCACAUCAAGUCUCUUAUCUCUCCUCAACAUUGGUUCCUCAGUCGCACUCAACUCCAUCACCUCGCUGGGCACGACGGGUGUCUUGUCCAGUUAUAUCGUCUCCAUCGGUUGCAUGAUAUGGAGACGAUGCACCAAGAGCGCUCUCCUCCCUUCCAAGUUCAGCCUAGGCAGAUGGGGUCUGGCUAUCAACAUCGCUUCAGAGGUUUUCUUGGUGGUAGUCUUCGUGCUUGCCUUUAUGCCUGGCAAUCCGAACCCGACACCAUCUGAGAUGAACUGGAGUAUCGUAAUGUAUGCUGGUGUCGCUAUUUUCUCUGUGGUUUACUACGUGUUUCGUGGAAGACAUCGUUAUGAAGGGCCUGUGGCCUACGUUCGUAAGCUUGAACAGUAA